AUGACCUCCAUCGACGCGGUCUUCGCACACUUUUCCCAGCCAGAUGGAUUUCGGGCUGAACGCCUCGGGGAUGCCAUGCGCGUUCUGGGGAUGAACCCCACGGAAGAAGAGGUCCGCAAGCACUUGGCAGAUCUUGGGGGGCCCCAGUACAUUGACGAAAGGACGUUUCACCAUUUCAUCAAGGAUGAAUUGAUCACGCAUUUCGAGAAAGUUCAGGUAGUGGUUGACUAUUUGAAGCAAUAUGACAAGGACGGCAAAGGUGCCUUGUCCAGGGAAGAAUUGCAAGAAGCGAUGCGAGGCGCGGUGUGA